AACACGUCUCGUUGGGUUCUCCUUUGGCAGAAAAAGCGAUGAUUGAUUGCUUCUCUCUAUCUCCACAUUUCUUGCGUACUCUUCCCUUCCGCACCAAAUCAAACCUUUUUCUUAGGUCGUUUCUCGAGUUUUCGCUUUGACCCUUUUACCUCUUUGAUCUUCUUCAUUGUAGAAUUCUCCGAAUUGAGGUAUGGGGAGGCUGUUUGUGACCCAUCUGGAGGGGCAGAUCUAUAGCUGCAAACACUGCCGCACCCACCUUGCUCUCUAUGAAGACAUCGUUUCCAAGUCUUUCCACAGCAGACAUGGGAGAGCUUAUCUCUUCAGUAAGGUCGUGAAUGUUACUGUUGGAGUAAAUGAGGACAGACAGAUGCUCACUGGGAUGCAUACUGUGGCUGACAUUUUCUGUGUGGGCUGUGGAUCAAUUGUGGGUUGGAGAUAUGAGACUGCUCAUGAAAAAAGCCAGAAGUACAAGGAAGGAAAAUCUGUACUUGAACGGUACAAGGUGUCAGGUCCUGAUGGCAAUAAUAAUAAUAAUUAUUGGGUCAGCCAUGAAGCACAUGUUGGUGGAAGUGAUGCAGAUGAUGCUUAGUCAUCUGCCAUUGACAAUUCAAUUGUACAUUCCUUAAUCCCCCUUCUUCUGUUGUUCAAUGAAUGUUGAUCUUAUUAGGGCAAUUUAGCAACAUUAGCUUUUUGCCCAAAAGACAAUUGAAAUACAUUUGUUUGUUAAUUCUGAUGUAAAAAAAACUAUUCUAAUCAAUGCUGUUUAUCUAGUUGUAUUAUUGAUCUUCA